AAUUUUUAAUAUAACCUGUAUAUAUCGCGCAUCCUUCGUGUGUAUGUGUGUAUGCGCGCGCGUCUCUGCCUCCUUGUCGUGAAAUAGUGUGAUAGCUGCAAACGAUUGUCAGUCAUAGUAAUAAUGUCAUGAUAUUAUUCUGCAGGAGACACACCACCAUUGAGUUUGUAAUAUUUGAUAUCGAAUGUGCGGCUGGAGACAUGAGGUCGGCUUCACUUGUUCAUUGUGAUAAUUGAGUAUUUUAUUGUCGAAGUAAUUAGGAUUUAGUAGAACGUUGGCGUAGAUUAACGUUGAUUAAACAACGGUAAAUCUCAUUUUAACAAACAGAUAUUUACUUAAGUAGUUUGGUAGAAACACAUAACACAUUGAUUCACUGUUUGUGUCUGAAAACGAAUACCAGAUGCCAUUGGCAUUAAAGAUAUAUCAUCAAUAUCUAUCAUGUUUUAUGAUCUUAGAAAAGGUUUCACAGAAAAAUGAGAAUUAUUCCUUAUGAGUGACAUUUCUUUCCUUCUUUACCUGGAAUAUGUACAAAAUGAUUUUGUUCCAAUUAAAUUUGCAAAAACUAUCAACAUUGCAAUCCUUUUCUGAGAUAUACGGAAAUAAAAGCUAGUGGAAAUACUACAAUGGAAAAGUUUUUAUCAACACAGGAAUAAAGUAAAAAUAGUAAAAGGUAUCCAUAUAUUGUUGUGAGUAAAGAAAAUAUUAUACAAGGAUGAAUUUUCCUGAAGAAUUGUCAAAAGAGAUAGAGGAAACAUCAUACCACUGUGAUAUCUGUAAAAAGUCAUUCUCUCUGAAAGGUAACCUUGCUACUCAUAAAUGUAUUGACAAAGAAGAGAAAGCAGAGAUACGAUAUCAUUGUGAUAUCUGUGGGAAAUCGUUCACUGUAAAAAUGAACUUAACUGAACAUAAACAUAUACAUACAGGAGAGAAACCACACAACUGUGAUGUCUGCGGUAAAUCAUUCGCUCGAAUAUGUACGUUAAUUACUCACAAACAUCUCCAUACUGGAGAGAAACCUCACAGCUGUGAUAUUUGUGGUAAAUCAUUCACUGUAAAAAUUAACUUAACAGAACAUAAACAUAUACAUACAGGAGAGAAACCACACAACUGUGAUAUCUGCGGUAAAUCAUUUGCUCGAAUACGUACGUUAAUUACUCACAAACAUCUCCAUACUGGAGAGAAACCUCACAGCUGUGAUAUUUGUGGUAAAUCCUUUUCCCUAAGAGGUCACUUAGCCUGUCACAAACGUACUCAUACAGGUGAAAAGCCAUAUCACUGUGAUAUCUGUGGUAAAUCAUUCUCUCAGACUAAUAGCCUAACCAACCAUAUACGUAUUCAUACAGGAGAGAAACCAUAUCAGUGUAAUAUUUGUGGUGAGUCAUUCUCUGAAAGGGGUAAUUUGACUAAACAUAAGUAUAUUCAUACAGGAGAGAAGUCAUAUCACUGUGAUAUCUGUGGAAAAUCAUUCUUUCAAAGAGUUCAUUUAAAUACUCACAGACGUAUUCAUACAGGAGAGAAGCCAUAUCACUGUGAUAUCUGUGGUAAAUCAUUUUAUGAUGGAAGUGCAGUAACUUCUCACAAACGUAUUCAUACUGGGGAGAAGCCCUAUCCCUGUGAUAUCUGUGAUAAAUCAUUCACUGAUGCUAGUAAAUUAACUAAACACAAACGUACUCACACAGGAGAGAAACCAUAUCCCUGUGAUAUCUGUGGUAAAUCAUUCACAGAUGGAAGUACUUUAACUGUUCACAAACGUAUUCAUACAGGGGAAAAACCAUAUCACUGUGAUAUCUGUGGUAAAUCAUUCUCUCGGACAAGCCAGUUAACAAUACACAAGAGGCGCGUUCAUACAGGUGAGAAACCAUAUCCCUGUGAUAUCUGUGGUAAAUCAUUUAUUGAUAGAGGUGGAUUAACUGUUCACAAACGUAUUCACACAGGGGAAAAACCAUAUCAGUGUGAUAGCUGUGAUAAAACGUUCACUUAUGCAACUGCAUUAAAUAUUCACAAAUAUAUUCAUUCAGGCGAAAAACAAUAUCGCUGUGAUAUUUGUGGUAAAACAUUCUCUGGAACAAGUGAAUUAAUGAUACACAAGAGACGCAUUCAUUCAAGAGAGAAACCACAUCCCUGUGAUAUCUGUGGUAAAUCAUUCACUUAUUCAAGUGCAUUAACUGUUCAUAAACGUAGUCACACAGGGGAAAAACCAUAUCACUGUGAUAUCUGUGGUAAAUCUUUCUCAUAUGGCAGUACAUUACCUGUUCACAAACGUAUUCAUACAGGGAAAAAACCACAUCACUGCGAUACUUGUGAUAAAUCAUUCCCUUAUGCAAGUGCAUUAACUCUUCAUAAACGUAUUCAUUCAGGAGAAAAACUAUAUCAUUGUGAUAUCUGUGGCAGAUCAUUUACAUAUCGAAGCACAUUAACUGUUCACAAACGAAUUCAUUCUGGAGAAAAACCAUAUCACUGUGAUAUCUGUGGAAAAUCAUUCUCUCAAACAAGUCAGUUAACAGUUCACAAGAGACGCAUCCAUACAAGCGAGAAACCAUAUCAUUGUGAUAUCUGUGGUAAAUCAUUCACUGACGGAAGUUCAUUAACUGUUCACAGACGUAUUCAUACAGGUGAAAAGCCAUAUUCAUGUGAUAUCUGUGGUAUAUCAUUCUGUCGAACAAGUCAGUUAACAAUACACAAGCGACGCAUUCAUACAGGAGAGAAACCAUUUUACUGCGAUAACUGUGGUAGAUCAUUCACUGACAGGAGCUCGUUAACUGCUCAUAAACGGAAUCAUUCGAACGAGAAACCAUAUCACUGAUAUCUUUGAUAAAUCAUUCAAUGGAAAAAAGUCAUUUACUGAUUCAGCUGAGAUGCAUUCAUACAAAAGAGAAAUCGUGAUUACAAUGUUUGUGGUAAAUUUUUGUAGAUCGAAGUACAUUAACUGGUCAAAAAUGUAUUCAUACAGGUCAGAAGCUGUAUAAUGUUAUCAUCAUGUGGUGUUCUUUAUUCCAUGCUAGCAUGGGUGGGACAGUUUGACUAGAGCUGGUAAACUGUGGAGCUGUACCAGGUUCCAGUCUGUUGUAUCUAUGGUAAAUUGUUCUGGCUUGAUUAGGCUCGUACUUUUUCAUACAGGUGAGAAAUCAUACUACAGUAAUAUCUGUGGUGAAUGACUAUGAAAGGUAUUAUUUAACUAAAGACAAUUACGCUCUCACAGGAAAGAAGUUAUAUUACUGAAAUGUUACACCAUUCUCUGAGAUGUCAUUUAUGAGGGUGGGGUGCUGUAAAGGCUUUAAGGGUGUUGCAAAGGGCCUGGUUGGAGGCCCCACCUUCUGAGUUCUUUUUCUGGACUUAGAAAAACUGAAAGACCACUGCAAUAAAUGUGUGUAUCUGUUAUGUCUCAAGCUACUGCUAUCUAGCACCUUCGGAUGAUCUCUGCUCAACCGCUACACGACUGCUCCUCGUUGGCUACUCAACUCCCCUACUACGGCCAGACUACCUCUAUUUAUAUGUCUUGGGCGAUCCUACUUCUUCGCUUAUGGGUGUCAACACAACAGAAUCAGAGGUGAAUGUUGAAUAAAAUAUUAAUAGCUGAUCCUUCUGUAUUUUCUUUUAUCCAAAGCCAGGAACAUUUCAGCGCUCGUUUGUAACUAUUCACAGAUGUAUUGAUACUGGAAAGGAACCCAAUCAGUGUGGUAUUUGUGGUAAAUCUAUCUUCCCAAACAGUGAUGUAAUUAAGCAUAAACUUAUACAGGGGAAUAAUCAUAUCACUGUAAUAUCUGUGGCCCAUUGCUCUGCGUUAAUUACUCAUGAAUGCAUUCAUACAGAAAUAAAAACAUGUUACUAUGAUAUCUGUGGUAAAUCAUUUUAUCAAAAUAGUCAUUUAACUAAAAACAAAUGUAUUCAUUCCAAAGACAAUCUAUACCACAUUGAUAUCUGUGGCAAAUCACUUUCCCUAUGAUUUUUUUAAUGUAUUGUAUUGAUUAUUCAAUGAUUUGGUGUACUGAAAAUGAAUUAUGUUUUAGAAUGAUUGAGUAGUUGUUCAUUUUUGUUUCCUCCUGUAUUCUUUCUUGCAUGGGAAUAAACCUCUUACCUCUUUAUAUAUCCACUAUAUAAAUGUAACUAUACGUGGAUAUGUGUGUGUUUAGCCCCGAAAGGCUCUGAAAUGGUAUAUUCUUGAGAAAAACGAAUUUUAUUUUUGAAAUCUAUGUCCCAAAGAGUGAUGAAACGUGGAAGGUAACAGGUAGUCAUGGGAUGUGUCAGAAACAGCAGCUCAACCUCUCUUAAAAUCACAUGUCUUUUCAUUUGAAAAGUAUUUUAAAAUUAU